AUGAGCGCCCCAAGAGGUUUAGCCACUGUAUCUCCUUUGAGUAGGAAAUGGUAUGAUCUCAGUCAGAAAGCUAUUGAGCAAGGGAAACCACAUUUCAGAUUAGGCCAAAAAAAAAUCUAUUUCCCUUCAGCCAGAGUCAUUCUCCUUAGACCAAAUGCCAAACACACACCAUACCAGGCCAAAUUUGUAGUGCCCAAGUCCUUCAACAAAUUGGAUCUAAGAGAUUACCUGUAUCAUAUCUAUGGUUUGAGAGCAUUCAAUAUAACAACUCAAUUACUGCAUGGAAAGUUUACCAGGUCGUUACCUAUGCCCUUUAGGGCUCGUCGUCGUUCACCACAAAUUAAGAAGAUGACCAUCGAUAUGCAGGACCCUUUCGUUUGGCCAGAGCCUCAGAAUUCAUACCUACAAGAUGAGCUUGAUCUGAGCGAAGAAAGUAAGCAAUAUUUCCAAGAUAGGACCAGUCCUGGUGCCGACAAGAACAAGAGGUCUCUUGCGUUUGGAGGAAUCAUUGAUCCAGAACCUGCAGCGGAGAAUUUUGUGCCCAAAAAACUCAGUAGACAGAUGAAAAACAAGAAGCAGAAGGCUUUGGAACAGGAAAAAAGACAGAGCCAAGAGGAACUGAUUAGACAGUACAUCAGUUUGUAA